CAAAGAACCUCUUCAUCUGAUUUUGGCCUUUUUCGCUGGGGUACUACUGACACUGCUUUUAAUGGCCUUCAUCUUCCUCAUCAUAAAGAGCUGCAGAAAGUAUUGAUGGGAAAGGCUUCUAAUCUCCCAGGUUCCAUUGAUGACAUUUGUUCCUCUUCUUCCUGACCCUGUUGCAGGUCAUUCAAGUCCCCAGUCCCUGGAUCCUCACUCAGAGCAUCCAAUUAAGCUUUCAGCCAUUCCAGAGGAGUCGCUCACCUACGCUAGCAUGACUUUCGACCCUUCAGAAGCAAAGAGCAAUCACUUAAUUGAAAAGCCUUCUGCAGACUUGGACCCUGUCGUCUAUGCUCAAAUUAUGUGA